AUGUCUAACUGGAACGACCCAACCUUCUCUGACUGCUUCACUUCCAACUGUCCCAAGACCUGGGGCUGUCGUAUCCUCAACAGCACAUACAUCUUUAUCUAUGGCGCUGGAAUGUACUCCUUCUUCAACAACUAUGACUCUGGAUGCUUGGCGACAACCAAUUGUCAGCAGAAGAUGGUGAGCGUCGAGCAGAGCCAAGGCAUCUAUAUGUAUGCCGUCAAUACGGUGGGUUCUGCGAACCUGGUCACAGUUGAUGAGGUAGAUCUCGUGCCUGCGAUCGCCAACGGCAAUGGCUUUGCGGACACUGUGGCGAUAUUCGAGUAUCCCUGA